CGGUUCAUCAGAAUUUUUCACAUACACUCCACCAAAAUCAAAAAUAAAGAAAGUCCAACUCUUCCAAACACUUCAAGCCAAACAACCCCAUUUCCCCUCUAACUAGCUAGCUUCAAUCCUUCAAUGGCGUCCAGGAUGACCAGCUUCCGCUCCAAACCCAACUACCUCUUCCCCACCCACAACCCUAUUCGCAACUCCGACGGCGUCUUCGAGUUCGACGACGGCGAGCUCUGGGUCAAUCCUUCCAACGCUUCCAGCCACCCGUCCGAGUCCAAGAAGAUCAUGUCCACCAUCCCCAGAGAGCCCAGGAGGAAGAUGAUGGCUGAUCAGAAAGGCAUGACUACUUCCGUGACGUCGGCGUCGGUGCCGGUCAACAUUCCGGACUGGUCAAAGAUAUUGAAAGAGCAGAGGAAACAGAGAGACGUGAGCGAUGAAGAUGGGAACGAGGACGGUGAAGAAGACGAGAGGGUUCCGCCGCAUGAGUACUUGGCCAGGAACAGGGGAGCUUCGUUUUCUGUGCACGAAGGGAUAGGGAGGACUCUGAAGGGGAGAGACUUGAGGCGCGUGAGGAAUGCGAUUUGGAAGCAGGUUGGGUUUGAAGACUGAUCGUCAAGAACAGAGAAAGGUAACGAGAAAACAGAGACUUGGGGUAUUGGGAUUUUUUUUUUUGUAGGGAGGUGAAAGAAAAUUUUAAAACUAGGUCAAUGACUAUGAUCUUGGGGUGGGGUGGUUGUUGUAACAUUUUAAUUUAACCUUUGCUGUCGGGUAAUUAUUUGUUUUUUUUUUGUUUUUUGCAUAUUCGGUUGGUUAAUUUUGAGUAUGAAGUCGAUCUUCUGGGAUUUGUGUUGGGUGCCUGUGUUUUAUGAGAGGACCUGAUCGAUCAUGAAUCAUGAUGCAUGUAGACUCUGACAGCUUUGAGUAUGUAGUAACCGAGCCAACAAUGGUAUUGAUCAUUUUGGGUU